UGUUCUCUAAAUUAUUUGGAUUUUCAUCGCCCAUUUUCUCGCAGAAAUUUUUCGCAGCUCUAUCUUCAUUUUUUGUUUUUAGGGUUUUCAAGGUUUUUUCGUUUAACUUACUUUUUUGGCCGAUUUAAUUAUCGUUUACUUUUAUUUAUUUUUACUUAAAUUCUAAUGAUUUUUUUGUUUUUUUCUUGUGACCAAAUACUUAAUAAUUUACUUUUUAAUUUUAGAAUUUUAUCAAAAACAAUUUAAUAAAUUAAUUAAAAUCAUGGAGUGUCCUUCAUGGAUGUUUUCUAAAGCAUUAUCUCAUCGUCAAAAGGUUAUGCGUCUUUAUAAGCGUUGUCUUCGUGAGAUUCAUGCUUGGUAUUUUUCAUAUGAUACACACGGAUUUUUGGAGUUUCGUUUCCAAAUGGUUUUAAUGCGCGCUCGUUUUGAUGCAAAUAAAGAUGUAAAGGAUAUGCAAAUGGCUCAAUUUUUGUUGGCAGAUGGAUGUCGUCAAGUUUGGGCAAAUCGUCACCCAGACCCUUAUCGAUUUCCAAAUGAUGUUGGCGGGGCUAAUUAUGAUCGUGAACAUUGGACACCUGAUGAAAUUGCUGAAAGUAAUUUUCAUUAUACUUGGCCUGAACGCGAACAAUUUCCGUAUUAUUACAAUAAAAGAGAGCAGCGCAAAAAGGAAUUAAUGGAGCAUUGGCACAAAAUUGAAGAGUCUUGGGAUCAGGAGUUGGAUUCAAUUCAGAAGAAAUUACCUGAAGAGGAGGAGGAGGGAAAGCAGCAGCCAAGUAAAUUUUUUUUAAUUUUUCUUUUUUUUUUUAAAUUUUUCCUAUUUUGGUAA